AUGGCAAUGGAGCUUCUCCUAGUACUCUCUACACUAGUCAUAUCCCUCGUCAUCUUCUUUGGUUUCGGUAGCAACAACAAACUCGCAGGGAAGUCCCUCAAGCUCCCACCGGGAAAAGUCGGCGGUUGGCCUCUCAUUGGGGACACGAUCCCCUUCAUGCAGCCACAUUCGUCGGCCUCUCUAGGCACUUUCAUCGACCAACACAUCGCCAAGUAUGGGAGGGUAUUUAAGAUGAGUUUGCUCGGGGAGCCAACGAUCGUAUCGGUGGACCCGGAGUUGAACCGGCUGAUACUGCAGAGCGAGGAGAAGCUGUUCCAGAGUAGCUAUUCGAAGAGCACGGCCGAGAUUAUGGGCCGAUGGUCGAUGAUCUCGGUGACAGGUGAUAUACAUAGAGAAUUGAGGUCCAUAGCCGUUAAUUUCAUGAACAACGUCAAGCUCCGCAAUUAUUUUCUCCCUGAUAUUGAAGCCAAGGUUGUUAAUAUCCUUGAUUCUUGGAAGCACAACUCUACUUUCUCCGCGGUGGAAGAAGGGAAGAAGUUUGCGUUUAACUUGACGGUGAAGCAUCUGAUGAACAUGGAUCCUGAAAUGCUAGAGACGGAGCAGCUGAGGAAAGAGUAUGGUUUCUUUAUGAAGGGAAUGGCCUCUAUUCCUUUGAAUUUGCCAGGGACAGCCUACAGAAGGGCCUUGAAGGUGUUAAUUGCUACUAAACCCUCUUAUUUCUUUGCCUCCCUUGCUAAUUGGGUCUUAUUUAGUCGGAACGUACUCUUUAUGUCAAUUAACGGAUGUGUUUAUGAUUCACUCAUCGAAGAGCACAUUAGGAUUGCGAUGAAGAUGAAGGAACGAGGCGAAACUGGAUUGAAUUGGGAUGACUACAAGCAAAUGGAAUUCACCCAAUGUGUUAUUCAUGAAACUCUAAGACUAGGCAAUGUUGUGAAGUUCUUGCAAAGGAGAGCAAUUAAAGAUGUGCAAUUUAAAGGGUAUGAUAUUCCAUGUGGAUGGAAAGUAGUAGCCAUCAUAUCAGCAGCACAUUUGGAUCCAGCAAUCUACGAUGACCCGCAAAUUUACAACCCUUGGAGAUGGGAGACGAUCUUUGCGAUAGUGGCGAAGAACUGCAACAUAAUGUCGUUCAGCGGUGGCCCUCGACUGUGUCCAGGCUCAGAGCUGGCGAAGCUGGAGAUGGCGGUGUUUCUUCACCAUUUGGUGCAGAGGUUCGACUGGGAGCUGGCUGAGCACGACUAUCCUAAAGAACUCUCUAAUAUUAACCCAUCACCUCUGCCUCUGCAGACGAUCUUUGCGAUAGUGGCGAAGAACUGCAACAUAAUGUCGUUCAGCGGUGGCCCUCGACUGUGUCCAGGCUCAGAGCUGGCGAAGCUGGAGAUGGCGGUGUUUCUUCACCAUUUGGUGCAGAGCUGUGUGAGCGGCAGCUGUGUGAGAGCGCUUGUGACUGAAGAGACUCUCCUCCAAGCAAAUGCUGAGGAAGAUUUCUUUUUUAAGUAUCUAGAUCACAGUGAUUUAUGUUGCCUUUGA